AUGAUUCUCAAAGAUACCAACAGCAGCGUCAUUGGUAGAUCUUUCGAUAAGAAGAACAGCGUGUUUGAGCCAGGUGCCCACUUUGUUAUCGCCGGCAAAGACGUCGAGCUCGAUCAACUGCUUAAACAAGACGCGGCAAAAGAAAACUCACCAAGCAAGCCCAAAGGUAUACCAGCUGCUUCUUUUUAUACUUCCGCUCCUUCUGCCGCGAAGCCAUACAAACCGCCAUCAUUCAGUAAGCCUAUGAUACCGAGUAAACCUCUGGCAGCAACCAAUAUUGAGAGCUCCUCGACUUCUGAACCAUCUUCACUCGAGCAAAGUGCUUUUCAGAAACACCCUCCACUCGUUUCUCAAAGCAUUUCUCACUCUAAUACGCAUACCGCACAUCCGCCAGCCCCCAAAUACGAUCCAAACGCCCCAGACGCAUUCGUGAUGCCUCAGCUUCCACAAAAUAUCUUAAAUGAACUUAACUACAAGCAGCACCCAGUAGUUGAUGUCGUUCUCGAUCCACACAUCUCAUCGAAACUGCGUCCUCAUCAACAGGAAGGUGUUAAGUUUAUGUAUGAAGCUGUUAUGGGUAUGCGAGGACAUAAGGGCAAAGGUUGCAUACUCGCUGAUGAGAUGGGUCUCGGUAAGACGCUUCAAGUAAUCGCCUUGGUAUGGACUCUGUUGAAGCAGAACCCAAUCACAAACUCGGGACCCGUCAUUGGUAAAGCUAUGAUAGUCUGUCCGGUGUCGCUUGUUAAUAAUUGGCGCAAGGAAUUCAGCAAAUGGAUUGGUCAGUCAAAAAUUGGUAUCUUCCUUGGCGAUAAGGAUGUGUCCGAGAUCAAAAAGUUUCAACAGUCGCGUAUUCACCAGGUUCUGAUUAUAGGUUAUGAGAAGCUAAGAACAGCAGUCGAUGUGCUGAAGUUCUGUCAACCUCAGAUAGGUCUUAUCGUAUGUGAUGAAGGACAUCGUCUAAAGGCGUCAAACAAGACAUCACAAGUGUUUGAAGCGUUCCCUACGCGGCGACGCGUCAUUCUGUCUGGUACUCCGAUUCAGAAUGAUUUAGGAGAGUACUACUGUAUGACUGAUUUCUGUAACCCUGGCUUACUCGAUAGCUACGCUUCAUUUAAGAAGAAGUACGAAACGCCUAUUAUGAGAAGUAGGGCUCCAAAUUGUAACAGAAGUGAUCUUGAGUUGGGAAGACAACGAUCCGAAGCACUCUCAGCCCUCACGAACCAGUUUGUGUUGAGAAGAACAGCUGAAAUACUUGACAACGUUCUACCAACCAAGUCAGAGUUCGUUGUAUGCAUUGCUCCGACAAAACUUCAAUUAGCAAUAUAUAAGCAGUUAGUGCAAGCAUCAAUCAUUCAGAGCGUGUUGGAAAGACUGGGUGGUCAACACUUGAAUUUAAUAGGUGUAUUGAGGAACUUGUGCAACUCUCCUGGAAUUAUAUACAAGAUGAUUGAGAAUAAACAAUCUGAAAGCUACAAAGAUUUCAAACUAGAUAAUGUCAAAAACAUGUUUCCAAGUAGCGUAAACGCGAAUGAUAUCAAUCUUAGUGGGAAGUUGAAAGCAUUAGGGAGGUUAUUGAAGACACUUAAGACUGAAACAGAAGAGAAGAUUAUUGUUGUUUCAAGUUUUACAGCUACAUUAGAUGUUAUAGAGUCUCACUGUCGUCUAUGUAAAUACAAAUUUUGCAGACUCGAUGGCUCUACGCCGCAAGCCAAGCGUCAAGAAAUAGUAGAUGGUUUUAACCGUUCUCCACAAGCAGGAAAAUUUGUGUUCCUUUUAUCAACGAAAUCAGGCGGGGUGGGACUCAAUCUCAUUGGCGCAUCACGACUCGUUCUAUUUGAGAGUGAUUGGAACCCAUCUAACGAUUUGCAAGCCAUGGCUAGGAUUCACAGAGAUGGUCAGACGAAACCUGUGUUUAUAUACCGCUUUCUGACAACGGGAACGAUUGAUGAGAAGAUAUUCCAGAGGCAGUUGACCAAAAUCGGACUGUCUAACUCUUUGAUGGGGAAUACUGUUGAGAAAAAGAACGAUACGGAUUCUUUCACGGUAGAAGAACUUCGAGCGUUGUUCAGGAUCGAUGAUGACACAGCUUGCGGGACACACGAUUUGCUCGACUGCACUUGUAAUCAUGGUAGGGUACUUACAGAAGCUGAGAAAGGUGCUGAGGAUGCACAACAAGACGAUGAAGAAGAGCCGCAAGGGUUUAUCAGCGCCAGUCAACACCAACCCGGAACAUCAUUAAAGUCAAAGAGAGACAAACAGGCCAAGAUUGCGGCAUUGGAUGGAUGGGAUCACGUGGAUUGUCUACAGGAGAAUCAUAUGGGGAAUUUGGCUGAUGAUGUGUUGAGAAAGCUUACAAUACACGCUGAGUCACCAUUAGUUGCCCAACACAAAGAUGAUUUCGUUGAAGAUACCACAGCUAAGACAUCAGACCAUCAAUUCGAAUCAUUGAAUGACUAUUGCCCGGCCAGUGACGAAGAAGAAGAGCCUGAAGAGGAAAGAAAGGAAGGGGAUGUGGAAAUCAUCGAGCCAGAGCGUAAAGUACAGAAAAUAGAGCAACAGGAAGAUCCAUUCGACAUGAACGGAUUUCUGCAGGAUCAAAAUAAUGAAGGCAGAUUAACAUUUGUAUUCAAGAAAGUGUCUGGAAGUGUUGUAUAA